GGGAUCUGUUAAAUGCCGGAGUGGCGACCUGAUGCUGCUGAGGACACCGCGCUGCUCAGCGAGGCACUGAGCGACAGCCUGCCUGACAGCCGUAAUCUGUUUAGGAGUGUCAUCCCAGCUCCAGUUCUUGUUGCUGACCUAAGUGCUUUUCCCUGCGACAAGGCGCCUUUGUACCACAGUAUAAGGUAGCCUUCUCCUGGGCUCUGAGGACAACGUGUGACUUGUGCAGAAAUGCUGCGAUACUGGGGUGAGAUCCCGGUUUCCUCCAACCAGGCCAACCGCAGCUCCUUUGACCUGCUGCAGCGCGAGUUCCGUACCGUGGAAGUCCAGGAUCCUCCACUGCACCAGCCAUCUGCGAAUAAGCCCCGGCCCACCACCAUGCUGGACAUCCCCUCUGAGCCCUGCAGCCUCACUAUCCACACCAUCCAGCUCAUCCAACACAACCGGCGGCUGCGCAGCCUCAUCGCCACGGCUCAGGCUCAGAACCAGCAGCAGGCAGAGGGCAUAAAAACUGAGGAGAACGAACCUCUGCCAUCUUGUCCAGCCUCUCCACCUCUCCCGGAUGACCUGCUUCCUCUGGAUAGCAAAACGCCCAAAAUGCCAUUUCAGCUGAGGCACAGUGACCCAGAGAGUGAUUUCUACAGAGGAAAAGGGGAGCCAGUGACUGAGCUGAGUUGGUCCUCCUGCCGGCAACUUCUCUACCAGUCAAUGGCCACCAUCCUGGCUCACACAGGCUUUGAGUGUGCCAAUGAGAGUGUUCUGGAGACCCUGACAGACAUUGCCCACGAGUACUGCUUGAAGUUCACCAAACUGCUGCGCUUUGCUGUGGACCGAGAAGCUCGACUUGGGCACACCCCUUUCCCUGAUGUCAUGGAGCAGGUCUUCCAUGAAGUGGGCAUUGGCAGCGUGCUCUCUCUGCAGAAGUUCUGGCAGCACCGCAUUAAGGAUUAUCACAGCUACAUGCUUCAGGUUAGCAAGCAGCUCUCUGAAGAAUACGAGAAGAUUGUCAACCCUGAAAAGGCAGCAGAGGACACAAAGCCUGUGAAGAUUAAGGAGGAACCUGUGAGUGAUAUUACUUUCCCCAUAAGUGAAGAGUUGGAAGGAGAUCUGGCUUCUGGUGACCAGUCUUUGCCUGUUGGAGUCCUUGGAGCUCAAAGUGAGCGCUUCUCAGCCAACUUGGAAGUAGAAGCUUCCCCGCAGACUUCAGGACCUGAGGUGAAUGCUUCCCCACUCUGGAACUUGGCACAGGUGAAAAUGGAACCACAGGAAAAUGAGGAGGGUAAUGUACAUGGCCAUGGGGUCCUAGGCAGUGAUGUCUUUGAGGAACCAAUGUCAGGCAUGAGCGAAGCUGGGAUGCCACAAAGCCCCAAUGGCUCUGAGAGCAGCUACGGUUCUCAUUCUGCUGACAGUCUGAUGGGAUCCUCACCUGUCUUCAACCAGCGCUGCAAAAAGAAGAUGAAGAAGAUGUGAGAAGGAACAUUCUUUUUAUUUAGUCCUGAUGGUAUUUAAUAGACUGGAAAUGAACUAGGAGAGUACUGUGAUGGCUAUGAUUCUAACACAGGGCUGGCCCUGGUGUAUGGGGGACCUCAAACAUAAAAUUACUGUGAGAGGUUUGAUGUGUAGUGCACUUCAUCUCCCCUCUUUGCUGGCUUCUGUACUCCAUCCUGACUCAUGAGGUAGAAGAUCACCCAUUACAUUUGACGGUGGCAUGGCUUGCUUUGGCAGAUUAAUGAGGAAUGUACCAGUGAAAAGUAGUUGUGAGGAGGUUCGCUAAGUCACAGAAUCAUUGAAUAGUUUGGUUUGAAGGUACCUCAUGAUAUUUCUACUCCACCCCCCUGCUCAGAGCACAGCCAUUUAGAGCAGGUUGCUGAGGGCUUUGUCCAUUUGAGUUUUGAGUAUCUACAGGCAUAGUGAUGCCGAACCUCUUUGGGUAACAUUUUUCCACAUUUGACAACCUUCAUAGUAAGAAAAAAAAUAUUCUUGCAUCUAGUUGGAAUUUCCCAUGUUCCAGCUUGUCUUCAUUGCCUCUUGUUCUAUCAUUGCUCAUCUCUGAGAAGAGUCUGACUGUCUUCUCUAACCUCUUAAUAUCUCUAGCUAUUAAGUGACUAUAUACAAUGAGAUCUCUCUCUAGCCUUUUCUCAUCUCAAGUGUGAAGAAACCAUGUUCCCUGAGCUCUCCUUGCUCAUCCUGUGCUCCAGCUCCCUAACCAGUUCUGUGGCCUUCCACUGAAAUUACUGCAAUGCCCUUGUGAAGGGGAGCACAAAAGUGGAUGCAGCGACCCAGACACAGUCUCACAAGUGCUGAAUAAAGAGGAAUAAUAAUUUCCCUCAAUGUGCUUGCUUCCCUCAUGCUUGCUGACUGUUGUGAGCGGCAAAAGAGUCUUAAGGUAGGGUAUUUUAAGUUAGAGAGCCAUUGCUGAUGAUUAUGAUGACCUAGCAAAGAUGCUGUAGCAUGGUCUCAGUGCCAGCUCACUCAGUGCCUUCAGAUUAAUCCUGUUGGUUCCAACUGGCUUAAGUUCUUGCUAACUCAGUCUUCCUUGCCAUAGGUAAAGCUUUAUUACCACACACUGACUGAAGGCCCGGGGACCUGACAGGCCUUAAGGCAAAACUUAUCAGUAAAAACAGACAGAAAAGGUGUUGUGUACAUCAGCCACAAAGUACAAAGAACAUCCUUUGUCACCGUAUUGCCUGCAUUGUUGAACAGUAAACCCAUAUUUUCUUAUGGUUUCUUUUGCUUCCAGUGUACUUCACAUCUCUUACCAGUUUCAACUCCAGCUGAGCUUUGGCUUUCCUAAUUGUUCCUGCAUACUUGGGCUGUGUCUCUAUAUCCCUGCUGGCAAGCCCAUCCUCAUUUCCACUUCUCUGUACCUUUUUGUUUGUGUUUGAGCUCAGUCAGGAGUUCCCUGGUCAUCUUUGCUGGCCUUCUGUCAUGCCUGCUUUAAUUUCUGCUUGUCAGAUAGGACUGUUUUUCUACUUUGAGAAAGCUGUCUUUGAAGGUAAGGCAGCACGCUUGGGUUCCUUUGGGCAGCCAGGGUAGGCCCUCAUAAAAUCCUGCCAAGACAUUCCUUGAGUAAACCAAAAUUUGUCGACCUGAAGGUACAGGACUCUGUCUUGUAAACAUUUCUUGGGAUUUUAGAUGCCACAAUUCCAUGUCUUCUGCAGCCAAGACCUUCACAUUCUCCACCAAUUUUUCCUUCUUAGAAACAAGUCAAGCAGAGCUUAUUCCCUAACUGAUUUCGUGAUCAUUUAGUCAGGGAAGCUGAUGCGGUUUUUUGGAGAGAAUGAAGCAGCUUUUAGUAUUGGUGUGAGCCCAUACUGGCAAUGCAAACUUUUCCUUUGCUGUCAUUGGCUUGAGUGCAGCAACUUCUGACUGGGUGAGGUUUCAUAUUCAAAGUUGUUAUCUUGACAACUUAGUCUGAAACAGAAUCUAUUUUGCUGCUUGCUUUUACAACUCGGCUGACUGAUGGAAUUUCUUUUGUUCUGCACAAUCCUCAGUUGAUCAACUCGGUCUUUAACUUGAUUCAGUGUGUCUCUCUCUCAAAAGGGCUGGAGUGAACGUGAAUCAAGAAUGAACAGCCACUUAAACUGGCUUUAUACCUGUAACCCCUUGAGAUGUUUGAGGGAAAUUUACCAAACCUUCCGUUUAUCCUUACAAUUGCAGGUUUAUCUUUUGAAAGAAUGAGCUUCAGGGAUAGUAUUUUUGUUUCUGUAUAACAUGCCUGGCCUUAAUUCUUUUUUCCUAACUGUAUUUCUUUUCCACUUUAUAGAAGUGGAAGCCAAACAUAAAAUUCCUCAAUGUCUAAUAAGAAUGUGUGACCACAGGCUUUUAUGGACAAUGGAGUUAAAAUUGUCCAUCACAGUUUUAAAGUUUUCUCCUGGGUGUACAAUUCUCACUAUUUUAAGCCUAGUCAGUAGUAGAAGAACAUACCAGGAAAUCUUUAUUUUGAUUCCCCCUGAGUCACCAUUAGGCAAUCUGCAGUGUCCCUGUUUUCUCAGCCGUAAAAAAAGAAUAGUAAUAUUUGCCAGAAGUAUGUUUGAGAUUUAGUUACUAUGCAAAAAAAGGCACAGUGAUCGUUCAGAGAGUUUUGAGAGAGUCAUGAGCUUUUAUUCAAUUCUGGUAGGACUGUUGCUGGCUGGAGAAUGUUUAGAUGGUCACUGAAGUGUUACAGUCCUAUAUGAUACAGGUUUUAAGCAAAACUGCUGAUCACAAAGAAGUACAGCACAACUCUACUGUUCAGCUGCCCAGGUACAAGAAUGGCAUUUGAGGUGGUAUCUUCUCAGCUUUAGAUGUCUACAUCUAAAUUCUUUCCCCUGGGCUCCAGUUGCAGUUGAAGAGAAAUAAUCAUUCUUAAGUCACUGUUCUUUUGACCUUGAAGUAGAAAUAUAAAGCGGGUCAAAUGAAUGGCAUUUUUAGAAAUGUCUGUUUUUCCUUUGUGUGCUCAUAGAGUGAGUUCAACUUGACUACCUCUGCUGAAGACAUCCACACCAUCAAUAUCUGACAUAAGGGAUCUGACUUCAGCCCUUCCUGUGUGGGAAUCAGAGGAGGCCUCCUCCUGCUAGGCCAGUGCUUUUGCUUUUCUUUUCACAUUUAGCAGAGUUUGCCAUUCAAAUGGCUGUAAGGGGCUAAGAGUAGGCUGCCCAUCUCAGCUAAACCAGUAGACCCAGUGUUCUCCACAACACACAGAGUGUAGAGUGUGCUAGGCUGGGGUCUCGAAGCUCAUCCUGAUUUGGCCCUUGUGCCUGAUACUGUGUGAGAACACCUGUCAUUGGGCUUUUCUCUGUAGAUGCUUUGCAAACAGGUGUAUUAAAGUAUUCUCGAGGCCAGGGUACUUAUGCAAAGUCUGUUGCACUAUUUUCAGGAGCUGAAUGACAGAGUGACUGCUGCCAGCAUCGCUUGCUCAUUUGCAAGAUUUCAAGUGGGCUAAAAAUGAAAAUCUAGUGUUCUCCAGGACUUUGGUUAAACCUCCUAAGUGUUAAUCUUAAGUGCUUUCUUUGUAUUUCUCAUGUGCAGAUGUUCGUUCUUUCUUUUGUGAUUUUUUUCAUUUCAUGUCCCUUUUCCACACCCGUUUCACCCUAUAACACACACUGCAACAAGCCAAGCCUGAGUGCUUCAAGUGUAUUUAAAUACAGUGGAAAUUCACCCUCCUUUGAUUCAACUGUGUCACUGCAGUGUAAGGAAGAAGUGUCAUUGAUUCUCUUUGGGAUGCAUGUUUAUGCAGAGGUGAGAAAUCCAUCAGCAUUGCUUACAUACUUAAAAAUGAAGGCAGAGUAAUAGCUGUACCUCCUGUUCCCACACUGUGCUAAGGGUUGCUGCUGACAUUUGUGUGCUUGAAGUUUCCUCUUAUGCAUGUGGAAGCUUCACCUUCUGGGUGAGCCCUUCCCCUCUGAACAUUUAUGGUUUUUAGAUUUACAGUAGUGUUCAUCAUGCAUGAAAUAGUGAAAUUUAAAAUCCAGCUCACAAAGUCAGAUACAGACAAUAUGCUCUUUUGAUGAAUCAAAUAAGAUUUUGCUGGGUAUUAAUGCAGCCUCGGGAAACUAGUGAGGUGUUCAUUGACCAUGUAAUCCCCAAAUUUUAAGCCACUGUGAGAUUAUGCAGUGGGUUGGAAUGAAGCUCUGCUCUUGCAGUUGUUUUUUUGCUGAUCGCUGGUAAAGCACUCUGCUGACCCACCUGCUUCAGCAGUCUGCACUUUUGAUAGUUCUUUCAUCUUUUCUCCAUUCUCUUUCCAAAGGUGGGUGGAUGAAAAAUUGGAAUAUUGAGUAUUGACCAUGUCCAUAUCCAGUAGCACUGAUGUCUUUUAGUGAUUUAGUUUGCCAUGAUUGAAAUUGGUGGGAACUUUGAUAUCAAUUUGGAGAGCAAGAUCUGUGAAUUACUUGGCUUUUGAAGUGUUUUGCAUAGGAAUCAUACAGAAUUGUAGUUGAGAGAGCACUGUGCAUCAUAUUCCUUUUUCCCUCUAGCAAUACCUUUUUAUUCCUUUUGAAGAGUUUUGCCUGGUAUCCAACAAAGUUCUCUGUAUAAAUGGCAGUGUAACAACUGUAGUACACAGCUCUGUGUCAGACUGUGCUACCUAGUGAUUUAAUUCUGAGGCCAUCCAUGCUAAUUUCAAUAUUCAUAAUGAUGUGCAGAAAAAGAGAUGUUUGCUGCAUAGAAAUUUACAAUUUAAAAAGAAAACAGGAAAAUAAGAUUAGGUAGGGGAGGUGAGGCCAAUCUGAUUAUGUGCUCAGUUCUGAGACUAAUGCAGGUGUUAUGUGUGAAGGAUGUUUUACUUAAAAUGUUUUUGUACAUGCAUGUGAACGAAAUAUGUAACUUUGCUUGUGUUUAUAUGGAACAAAAUUGCUUCCUAAUAUUUCAGGGUUGGGUUUUUUCCUUGCUCUCCUGGAGAGAGUUUCUUUGUAAUUUCUAAUAAAAUAAAUAAACUACUCAGAAAUAAAAAUCCU